AUGCAGUUGCAGCAGUGCAACGAUGAUGGGUUUGGCCCCGUGGUCAGGGGAUGUGGCCGUGAUUUUGACUUUACCCUCUUGUUCGAAAACACCAUACUUUCCAUUUUGCCUUCGGCACUGGUUCUAGUCGUCGCCUUGGGGAGAACAUGGCAUCUGUAUCGCCAAAAGAAGCUGAUCUCGGCUAGAAUGCUCCAAGUAGUCAAGCUGUUGACUCUUGCAAUCUACACUGGGCUGCAGGCGGCUGUUCUCGGUGUCUGGUCCACACAACGACAUGCUCCGUGGUCGAGCUCCUCCAUUGCGGCGGCGGGGUUGUCGUUGUCGUCUGCCAUUGCCCUGUGCGUACUUUCAUAUCUUGAGCAUGGUCGUAAUGUGCGCCCGUCGUCGGUCCUACUAUUGUACCUUUUAUUCUCUGCCCUGUUUGACGCGGUCCGCGCCCGUACGUCGUGGCUGUUGUCUCCAGGCUCAGCGCUCGCGGGCAUUUCCAUUGCUUCAGUCGUCUCGAAAGCCGUGGUUCUCGUCAUGGAGUUGCACGAAAAGUCGGACUACAUUGUGGCACCAGCCGAGGCAUACGGACCUGAAAGCACCAGUAGUGUCCUGAACCGGAGCAUCUUCUUCUGGCUCAAUCCCCUUGUAUGGAACGGCUCGCGAACAGUGCUCCGACCUGGGAAUCUUGAUGGCUUGACUCCAGAAAUGACUUCGACUUCUCUUGGUCCACGUUUUCUCGAUGCUUGGGCUGGGGCAUCGGAAAGACGACAGAGCUAUGCCACCAUGCGGGCCAUUUUGACCACUUUGUGGUGGCCAAUACUCGGCACAUUGGUCCCGCGAAUUCUGCUCUUGGCUUUCACGAUAUGCCAGCCAGUCUUACUGCAAGCCUUGAUCAGGUACUUGGGAGAGCCUUCUACCCCCGAGUCCGAAUCAAUUGGCAAGGGUCUCAUAGGUGCGUACGCACUGGUAUACAUUGGAAUUGCUGUAACUACUGGCGCCUAUUGGUAUCAUCACUACCGAGUGCUCAUCAUGAUUCGUGGUUGUCUGGUAUCGGCAGUUAGCUGGCAGACGUUGAAAGUGAAUACCCAUGCCUUGGCCGAUCAAAAGUCAGCCGUAACCCUGAUGAGUACCGACGUUGAGAGAAUCAUAUUUGGUCUGCGGAGCUUUCACGAAUUUUGGGCCAUUGUAAUUCAGGUCGGAGUCUUGGCAUAUUUCCUGCAAAGACAGCUGGGAGUAGCGCUCGUGGUUCCCAUUGUCGUCACAGUUCUCUCCGCUGUCGCGUCGGUCGCAGUCAGUCGGUCUUCCCAUGCUCGUCAAACUGCGUGGAUGGAGGCAUCGCAGUCUCGGAUCGGGGCGACUUCGAAUAUCCUGUCAUCUAUCAAGGCCAUCAAGAUGCGCGGACUGACAGACGUCGUGUCUUCCAUUAUCCAGCAACUUCGUGUGAAGGAACUUGAGCUCGCGGCAAAAUUCAGAAUAUUGCUGGUGUGGACCGUCGGGCUAGGCUAUAUUCCGCAGUUCCUUUCACCUGUUCUGACAUUUCUGGUGUUUGUCCUACAGGCACGAGCCACUCACUUGGUUUUUGACGCACCUCGGGCUUUCACUUCACUCUCCCUGCUUUUGCUUAUUGCGCAGUCUUUGAGCCAGACUUUACUCGAUCUGCCACAACUUGUCGCCGCUUUUGGUUCCUCUUCACGUAUUGAUGAGUUCCUGUCGGCCCAACACCAAAGAGAUUUCCGAGAAUUUGACCAACUCUCUGAAAAGGCAGUCGCUCUGUCGAGAUUUGACAAAGUUCCCAAGAGCACAGAUACUGCCAAGGUGAACCCCCUCAAAGAGCGUGUCCCUGAGCCCGCAAGUGUAGGAGACAAGGAUAAGGAUAUCAUUCGCAUCAAUCACGGCUACUAUGGCUGGGGCACGAUUGAUGUUCUCCAGGAUAUCAAUAUCGCCAUUCCGCGUGGUCAGCUCACGCUAGUCGUCGGACCAGUUGCUUGUGGCAAGACCACCUUGUGCCAUGCGUUGGUAGGCGAGACGCCCACCGCAAAAGGCAGACUGCAGGUACUUGGUGACUCCAAGCAGAUUGCCUUUUGCAGCCAGACACCAUACUUGGUAAACGGUUCCAUUAGGGAUAAUAUUGUGGGCUUUUCCAACUUUACACAACCUUGGUACGAUACCGUCAUUGCUGCUUGUGCAUUGUCUCAAGACAUAGGCAAAAUGCCUAGUCGAGACAAUACCGUGGUUGGGAGUGACGGUAUCAACUUGAGCGGUGGCCAGAGACAAAAGGUAGCACUAGCCAGAGCUCUCUACGCCAGGAUCCCAAUGAUUGUCCUCGACGAUAUUCUGAGCGGUCUCGACAGCAAGGGGGCGAACCAUGUCUUUUGGAACGUCAUGGGCCCAGAGGGUGUUGCGCGACAACACAACGUGACAAUUAUAUUUGCCACCCAUGCCAUAGAAUUCCUUCCCUUUUGCGACCAUAUUGUCGCGCUGGAUAGUUCUGGCCGAGUCGCGCACGAGGGAGAUUACCAAUCUUUACGCUCUCAAGAAGGGUUUUCCAUGUACGUCAGCACCGCGCAGGAUCGUGGCAUAAAAAACGCCGACGGUCAGAGCGGUGGCGACGCAGAGGCCAGUCAUGAUGCGGCUGCUGAGCCAAGUACGAUCGAUGAAGUCAUUCAGAACAACAUGGGUGGUGACUUUACCGUCUACAGCUACUACAUCAUGGCGGUAGGCAACUGGGUUUCUAGUAUUCUUCUACUACUAGUUGUACUUUACGCCGCCGCAUAUAACGUUCCAAGUUACUGGAUCAAUAUUUGGAGCAGUGCCGCUGAUCCGGGAAAUCUCAAGUAUUGGGGAGUCUAUUCUGCAUUGCAGCUCUUGGCCCUCUUGCUGUUGUUCGCCGCAGCAUAUCACUUGUUCAUUGUGAUCAUCAACCGGGCAGGCUCAAGCUUGCACGCCCAUCUUUUAAAGGCCGUCAUGGAGGCGCCCUUGUCUUUUUUCAGCUCUACAGACGUUGGUGUCACAAUCAAUCGAUUCUCUCAAGAUCUUCAGUUGGUUGACAAUGAACUCUCCUUGUCAAUGCUGACGCUCCUCUUGACAGUAUUCUUGUCGCUUGGUCAGGUCAUCUUGAUCAUUGUUUCCAGUCCUUGGGUUGGAGUGGCCUUUAUCAUCAUCAUACCGGUAUUCUACGCGCUGCAGAAUUUCUAUCUACGAACCUCACGCCAGCUCAGGUCUUUGGAGCUCGAAGCUAAGAGUCCAUUGUAUACGAGCUUCCUGGAGACACUGAGCGGGCUCUCUACGCUUAGGUCUUUUGGCUGGGCUUCCGAGACGCUGGACAAGAACCUGAAGCUUCUUGACUCGUCCCAGGAACCUCUCUACCUGCUCUACAUGAUCCAGCGCUGGCUGACGUUUGUCCUCGACACCAUUGUCGCCUUGAUAGCCAUUAUUGUUGUAGCGCUCUCCGUCGCCCUCAAGUCGAGCGGCGGGCUGGCCGGCGUGGCCCUGACCCAGGUCAUGUCGCUGAGCAUGAUGCUAACAACCAUUGUCUUGCAGUGGACCAUUGUCGAGACCAGUAUUGGCUCCGUCGGCAGGAUCAAAGCCUUUGUGGAGAGUACGCCGUCUGAGAACAAGGAUGGCGAGGAUCUAGAACCGCCGCCGGCCUGGCCAACCAAGGGCAGCAUUCAGCUCGACAAUGUGAGCGCAUUCUACGAAACAAAUCCAGACUCUCUCGUUCUCAAGAAUAUCAGCAUAACCGUGGAAGGCGGACAAAAGAUGGGGAUAUGUGGCCGAAGCGGCAGUGGUAAAUCUUCCCUCCUGCUGCUUCUUUCGCGCAUGCUGGAGAUGAAGGAGGGCUCCAUCAUUAUCGACGACCUAGACAUCAGCACUCUGCCUCGCAAGACGCUGAGGGCUCGUCUGAAUAUUGUCCCCCAAGAGCCCGUCUUUGUUACUGGUACCGUCCGCUUGAAUCUGGAUCCUUCUGGGGAGUUUUCAGAUACGGAGAUACUUGAUGCGCUCAAGAGGGUUCAUCUUCUCGACGUAAUGGACGCCAAGGGCGGACUGGCGGCAGAGAUGGACUCGGGUAUAUUGAGCCACGGUCAGCGCCAACUGUUCUGUCUGGCGGGCGCCAUCCUUCGCAGGGCAAAUAUCGUAUUGCUUGAUGAAAUCACGAGCAAUGUGGACCAGGCUACCGACGCCAUCAUGCAGACAAUCGUUCGCGAGCAGUUUAGGGACUGCACAGUCAUUGCCAUUGCGCAUCGCCUGAGCACCAUUGCCAACUUUGAUCAGGUAGUGGUGCUCGACCACGUUGUCGUUCGUGAAGUCGGCAACCCGCAGCAGCUUCUUCGGGAGGACUCUAGAUUCAAGGAAAUGUGGGUGGAAAAUGAGGCCUUGUAG